UGGAGGGGCCGAGCCGGAACCGCUCUCCCUGAUCCGCGCCGCCAUGCACCGCCCGGCAGUGGCCUGCUGCUUAGUGCUGUUGGUCCUGGGACUCUGCGGCGCGCACUCGCGCAACGUGCUGCUGAUAGUUGCGGAUGAUGGAGGUUUCGAGAGCGGUGUGUACAACAACACCGCCAUCAACACCCCUCACCUGGAUGCCCUGGCCCGCCACAGCCUUAUCUUCCGUAAUGCCUUCACAUCUGUCAGCAGCUGUUCCCCCAGCCGUGCCAGCCUCCUCACAGGCCUGCCCCAGCAUCAGAACGGCAUGUACGGGCUGCACCAGGAUGUACACCACUUCAACUCUUUCGACAAGGUACAGAGCCUACCGCUGCUGCUCAGCCAGGCCGGAGUACAUACAGGCAUCAUCGGGAAGAAGCAUGUGGGCCCGGAGACGGUGUAUCCCUUUGACUUCGCAUUCACAGAGGAGAACAGCUCAGUGCUGCAGGUGGGGCGGAACAUCACUAGAAUUAAGCAACUCGUCCGGAAAUUUCUGCAGACUCGGGAUGACAGGCCCUUCUUCCUCUAUGUGGCCUUCCAUGACCCCCACCGCUGUGGGCACUCCCAGCCCCAGUACGGAGCCUUCUGUGAGAAGUUCGGCAACGGGGAGAGUGGCAUGGGGCGCAUUCCAGACUGGACACCCCAGAUCUAUGAUCCUCAGGAUGUGAUGGUGCCCUACUUUGUCCCAGACACGCCGGCAGCCCGAGCUGACCUAGCCGCUCAGUACACCACCAUUGGGCGGAUGGAUCAAGGGAUAGGACUGGUGCUCCAGGAGCUUCGAGGUGCCGGUGUGCUGAAUGACACCCUCAUCAUCUUCACAUCCGACAACGGGAUCCCCUUCCCCAGUGGCAGGACCAACCUGUACUGGCCUGGUACAGCUGAGCCACUGUUGGUGUCCUCCCCAGAGCACCCACAACGCUGGGGCCAAGUCAGCGACGCCUACGUGAGCCUUCUAGACCUCACCCCCACCAUCCUGGACUGGUUCUCCAUUCCAUACCCCAGCUAUGCCAUCUUCGGCUCAAAGACGAUCCAGCUCACAGGCCGUUCCCUCCUGCCGGCGCUGGAGGCGGAGCCCCCUUGGGCCACUGUCUUCAGCAGCCAGAGCCACCACGAGGUCACCAUGUCCUACCCCAUGCGCUCCGUGUACCACCGGAACUUCCGCCUCAUUCACAACCUCAGCUUCAAGAUGCCGUUUCCCAUCGACCAAGAUUUCUACGUCUCGCCGACCUUCCAGGACCUCCUGAACCGCACCGCGGCAGGCCAGCCCACGGGCUGGUACAAGAAUCUCCGCCAUUACUACUACAGGGAACGCUGGGAACUCUAUGACGUCAGCCGGGACCCUCGGGAGACACGGAACCUGGCCGCUGAGCCAGACUUCGCUCAGGUGCUGGAGGUGCUGAAAGCUCAGCUCGUCAAGUGGCAGUGGGAGACGCAUGACCCCUGGGUGUGCGCCCCUGAUGGGGUCCUGGAGGAAAAGCUCACGCCUCAGUGCCGACCUCUUCACAAUGAGCUCUGACGGUGCCCGGGGCACCUGCCAGCCCACCUAGACACGAAGGGAGAGACUUCCAGAGCAGUGGAGGCAGUGCCAGCGGCUGCUCCCUCUACACACCCCUCCGAGCAGGCCCCUCCACCAUAUGGGAUGUCACUCCCGCCUCCUGUGGAGGACACUCAAGCAUGCACUCCCAAGUUGCUGCCGUUCCAAGGACACUGCUGUCCUCAUGUCUGCCUGUCCUGGUUCAGGAGUUGUAGGGGAAUGUGGGCAUGGCAGAACCCCACGUUUUGAUAGGUGAGUUUUGAGAGCUACAGACAGAAGGGGCAGGGUCUGGGGCUUGAAGCCCUCUGCUUCCGGAAACCUGCGGAUGUUUUUAAGCCCCUCGCCCUAAGAGGAUGCCAGGUUUCUGAGUGCCACAUGAGCAGUGGGCAGACCGCACUAACUACUUCAACCAACUUGGCCUGGAGGGAGCAUUCAGUAGGCCUUGAGCUUGCUUUGCCGCUGCCUGCCCCCCGCCUGCCCCGUUCCCCCUUUGAAGUACACGCUUAGCCAGGAUUCAUGCUGGUACUCAGA